UUUGAAUAUGUGUCUUUUUCCCUUUCUAUUUUACUCUCUUCGGUCUUACCGCACUCUGUUUCUGUUCUCUCUCUAUUUCUUGAUAUCUCUGUAUAAUACGGAGUAUAUAAAAACAUUACAGGAGCCCAACGUCCCGUUCUUGGUAUCUCUGAAUGCUUUCUCUCGCAAUUAGUACUAAUAAUAAUUUUCCAUAGAUCCAAUAAAUAUGGCUUCUUUCAUGCCUCUUUGGCUCCUGCCUCUAAUCUUCCUUUACAUAUUUGGAGCCGCAGCCGGCGACGGGCAGCCUUCGUCAGCUGCUUUCACUCUCUCUGUGGUUCGUCGGAAGCCGCUUGACUCUUCUUCCAGUAGCCCAACGGCGCCGUUUCGGUCGUCUCUGUCACGCGCUGCGGCAGAUCAUAGCCGCGGGAAAGGGCCGAGUUCGCCAAAGAACCUGAGGACACCACCACCGCCGCAGCGCAACUACACGGUUAAGUAUACGAUGGCUCUGACCAUUACCCUUCCCAUAGGGGUGCCCCCACAGUAUCAACGCAUGGUGUUGGACACCGGCAGCCAGCUGAUGUGGAUGCCGUGCCUCAUGGACACCGCCAAGCCCACAGCUUCUAAGGCGGCGACGCCGCCGCUGCCGAUGUUUCACAAUCAUACAGGGCCGUUUAGCAUUUCCAUGUCGAACACUCUGUCUUUCUUUCCUUGCAAGGAGAGCUGCAAACCCAAAAUGUUCCAUCAGGGCGUUGACAACUACUGUAAUGCGGACUAUACCACGUGCACAUACUCGACUCCCUACGCUGACGGGACCCUAUCGGAGGGGACUUUGGUCCGGGAGAACAUUACUGAUCUGGCUAAUUCAUCUUCCCAAUCUGAUCCUGGGAAGUUUCUGAUGGGUUGCGCCAAUAGCGCGACCGACUCGGAGGGCAUUUUGGGGAUGAACUUAGGGGACUACUCUUUUAUCUCCCAAUCCAAGUACCAGACCUUCUCCUACUGCGUGCCCGUCCGGGAGAUGGUCCACGGCAGGCGUAGAUAUCCCGACGGAGCUUUCUACUUGGGCGUGAAUCCGAAUUCCGCCACGUUCAAUUACACGAAACUUUUGAGUUUCUCUGAUGCCGCAGUCUUCCCUCCCUCCCUCAAUCUUCAGGCCUACGUCGUCAAUAUGACCGGAAUCAGAAUCGGCGGGAAAAAGCUGGAUAUUCCGGUGACCGAUUUUGUCAAUAGCACCUUAGGUGAAGGGCAGACGAUUAUCGAUUCGGGGACAGAGUACACGCUCCUGGUGAAUCACUCGUACUGGAUUAUUAAGGAAGAAGUCCGGCGACUAACCGGCGCAAAUUUUAAGAUGGGUUACUUGUACCAAGGGGUCAUGGACAUGUGCAUCGACGGGAGCGCGACGGCGAUCGGAGAGAUGCUCGGCAACAUGACUUUCGAAUUCGACAACGCCGUUGAGAUUUUUAUCCCCGGCGAACGUUUAGCGUUUGACGUCGACGGCCGUAAUGUGAGUUGUUUGGGUAUCGGGAAUUCCGGCAACAUCGACGAGCCGAGCAAUCUCGUCGGGAACUUCCACCAGCAAAAUCUCUGGGUGGAGUUUGACUUGGCCCGGUUCAGAGUGGGUUUCGGAAAAGCGGAUUGUAGCCGUGCUUUGCUUUGACAUACGUAUUUAUUUACUUAUUUGUACUCGAUUUGUGUUUGUACAAAGAUCUUGAGCUUCAUACAGUGCUAUAAACAGUUUUGACACCAUUUUGUUAGACA